UUCCAAGAUGGCGGCAGCGAUCUCAUCAGAAACUAAUAUGCUGAGCUUCAAAUUUUCCAAAAAGAUUGAAAAGAAGGUGAUAUUGGAAAACAAACAUAAUGAUUCAUCAACGACAGAACUGGAGGAAACAGAUUUUGUCUUGUCUGUAGACGGAGAUGGCGUCAGAAGCUCACAGCCGAAGCCCAAAAAGAAAGAUCUUGUUAUUCCUUUAAUAAAAACAAACGUUUGGAGAUUGCCCAGGAAAGAAAAUACAAACACAAAUUCAUCCGAGGAUAUCAGCGAUGCCAAAGACCCCGGGGAACUGAGCCUCGAACAGCAAGCCGUCAAGGAAAUCCUUUCAGGUGUCUCUUCAACUGGCCAAGACGAAAACGGCGUCGAAAACACACGCAGCAUCCCUCUGCUGGUUCAGAACAAAGUUCCCGAAGGAUAUGAAACAGACGAAAAAGUGGAUGUAACACUUCGCGCAGAAGAACCUACCAUGGAUGAUUACGAGAAUGUACCCAUUGAAGAGUACGGGUUGGCGAUGUUGAGAGGAAUGGGCUGGGCCCCCGGAAAGCCAAUCGGGGCGCGUUGUACUCAAGUGAUUGAACUCAAGGAUGUGGUCCUGCGCCCAAAGGGGCUAGGACUGGGAGCAGAAUCCAAGGCACGGAAGGCACCAGCUUUUGUAGCCAAGGAAGAAGGACAGCUCGUGUUGCGGAAAGGAGCCUACGUUUACAUUGAGCAAGGUCCACAUAAGGACCUGUAUGGGCAGGUGGAAGGCUUGGACGACGAGAAUGCUCGAGUUCUCGUCAAGCUGGCUCUGGGCGGGAAGAUAGCAACCGUCAAUGAACUCUUCAUUAGGCUCGUCACUCAGAAGGAGUAUCAGAAAGAAGGAAAGCUACUUAAUAAGGACAAGUAUGAAGACUACAAAAGGAAACAUGAGCCGCAGGAGGAAGAGCUAAUGCCGCCACCGCAGGAAUAUCCCUCGAGCAAGAAACACAAAUCUGAAAAAACUCAUAAACACCAUGCAAGCUCCAGCAAGAAGGAGAGUUCGAAAGUGUCACACCACAAAAAAUCCGAGAACUGGCUGCGGCCACAGAUUAGGGUCAGAUUCAUUGACGAGAAGUUCCGUAACGGAAAAUAUUAUAAUAUGAAGAUGACUAUAGAAGACGUCACCUCACUGACGACAUGCCUCUGCAACACGGAGGAUGGCAAGAUUCUCGAAGAUGUCACUGCAUCAAUGUUGGAAACUGUGAUACCCAGAAAGUCACCUGGAUACGUUAUGGUACUCACUGGGCGAUACUGUGGACAGGUCGGCACAGUCGUCCAGCGGAACAAAGACAAGUGCCGAGCAAUGGUUCAAAUGCUGCGGGACAAAGAAGUCCGAGAAUUUGACUACGACACGAUAUCAGAAUACGUUGGCGACGUGUCUCAUCAAUACUACUGAAUAAUUAUGAGUCAUUAACAGAGUUGUCUUCAAAUCAUGUUCAAGCAUUCUGUCUAUGUAUAUAAGCAUGUACAAAUAUUCAUAAAUCUUAGCAGCUCAAAUAUAAGCACAUGGUCACCA